AUGCCUAGAAAAGUAGACAAGCUCCGUCAUAUGACGAGAGGGAAUAUUACCAUGUCCAUGAACAAGUUGAACUUGUUUAAUGUUUACAGAAAGGAUCCUUUACUGUAUUUUGGUAAAACAUUAUACCAACAAAAAUGGGCCGCCAAAAGUGAAACAAGAAAGUACCAUGGGGAACAUCUUAGAGAAAAACACUUCAAGAAUGUAUUAUUCGACAAGGAUUUGAAAACAUACUCCCAAUUAGAUGCAUCCUUAAAAGGUCGUGAUGUUGCUCCUACUCCAAUCACUUUGCAAACAUUCGGUACCUUGGAAAAGAGAUUAGAAGUUGCUUUGUUUAGAAGUAUGUUUGCCAGUUCCCUUAGACAAGCAAGGCAAUUUAUUCUUGGUGGAUUUGUCAAAGUUAAUGGAGUCGUCAUGAAAUAUCCUUCUUUCCCAUUACAAAGUGGGGAUGUGUUCAGCGUUGAUCCAGAAAAAGUUUUAUAUGCCUUGGGUAAAGACAAGCCAAGUCUAGAAAAAGCAUUGAGUGUCGACAGAAAACAAAUCAAGUCCUGGAACCAUUAUGUCUAUGAAGCUAAGAAGAACCCAGAAAAAAUUUGGAAUUUGAAACAAAAGCAGCCAGAAUCAUUGGAUACUUUGAGACAAGCCGAAGCUUCUGAACAACAUAAAAGCUCCGUUAAUAGUGCUAAGAAGUUGAUGAAGAUACAACAAGAUCAAGUCACCAGAGAAUCUAUUUUGUCUGAUAUUUUGAAAUUGGGUAAUGCUGCAGGAGCUGCUGUUUCUGAAGAGACUUUCAACAAGUACGGUAAAAUUCCAAGUGCCAAAUGUUUACAAAUUUACCAAGGUUUGGUUGAAAAGAAACACCCAUUGAUCAGUGAACCUUCAGAAGAAAACAUUAGCAAAUUGUUUGCUAAAGACAAUGAAAGAUCCCCAGAAGAAAAAGCUGCUGGUAGAUUAAUUAUUGCUACCUUACGUGAAUUACAAAAAAGUGAAUGGGAAAGAAUUCGUGUUGAAUUUGAAAGCCUUGAAGAUGGUGUUGGAAACAAGUUCUUUGAAUCAUCAUUUGCUGAAAAAUUAAAGCCAGCCACAAAAUUAAACAAAGAAGCUAUUUUGGAAGACGAAUCCAAGGCCAAGGUUACUUUGCCAUGGCAAAACCAUCUUUUCGGAAGAAAAGACCCUUCAAGAUCAUACUUCACUCCAUGGAAACCAAGAGCUUUCUUGGGUGCAUUUGCUAUUUUGCCUUCUCACAUAGAAAUCUCAUUUGAUACAUGUCACGCUAUUUACUUAAGAGACCCAAUUGCUAGACCUGGCCAUUCUGAAGUAAUCUCUCCAUUCCCAGACCAUGUUCAUGAAAGAGCUUACAUGUACUAUGUCAGAAAAGGUAAGGCUUAG